CAUUCGGAAUUAGACGCGUUGAUAUCACGUCAUAUAUUAUUACCUCGAUCCUCGACACCCCCAAAACCAUUUCUCUCUUUUCAAAAUCCCCAAUUCUCAAACCCUAAUUACACAUCUUCAUCACAAACCCUAAACCUAAUCAUGCUACUCUCUCCGGGCCAUUCGCCACGCAAUCUCUCCUCUCCCUCCCCAUCUCUCUCCGAACACAACAAUUCAACUCCCAAUUACAACAAUUCAUCGGCGUCUUCGUCGUCAUCAUCGAACCCUAGAAAACGGCAAGCUGUUCUUGAUGAAGACUCGUACGUGGCGGCGAUCGAGAAGAUUAUUGAGAGAGACUUCUUUCCGGAUAUUCCGAAGCUGCGGGACCGGUUGGAUUGGCUCCAGGCGGUUCGGACGGGCGACCCGGUUCAGAUCCGAGAUGCGCAGUUGAAGAUUAUUGAGCGGAGAGCUGGGAAGGUGAGUGCUCUGGAUGGUCAAGGUAAGGUCAAGACUCCUGGCUCGACUUUUUUUCGAAAUAGUGUUUCCGUUGAUAUCGAAAAAACUCCGAUUGUUGAUGGUGUUGGUAAUGAUGAAUUGAGUGGUGGUGUGGGGGUUGAUGAUGGGGGGAUUGAUCAGAGUUUGAGCUUGGAUGGGUUUUUUAGGCGGUAUACGAGCGAGGAUAAUGAGAGUUUUUCGAAGUUGAUUGAAAAGGUGAAUAAGAAGAAGAGGGAGCGGUAUGCGUUUUUGUUGGAAGGGGAGAAGGAGGAGGGGGUUAAGAGUGUUGAGGACGUGAAGAGGGAUAGGAUUACGGAUGGUUAUGGCACAUCAGAUCAGCCACCGAGUAGUUUGGAAGGGUGGAAGUAUACAGCGAAGAAUUUGUUGAUGUAUCAUCCGGCAGAUAAGGGUGAGUUGGCAUUAACGGAUGAGGAGAAGAAUGAGAGGCUUAGUGCGUUGACCAAGGAGAUUAGUAGGGCAAACACGAGGUUUCAUGGGAAGAUGAUUGAUUCGGUGAAGAAGGAUGAGGAUGAUUUGGCUGUGCUUUAUACCCCGGUUGCAGGGGGGACACCACAUCCCUUUUCAUUGUCGGAUAGGACUGGUGAUAAGUUGAAGAAGUAUGAUUUGGAUGAUCUAAGGAAGACGCCUAAUCCGUUUUAUGUUGAGUCGAAUAAGAAAGCGGAUAAUGGUUAUAGUUAUGUGAAGACUCCGUCGCCUGCUCCUGGAGUUGAUGAGUCGCCGAUUAUUACAUGGGGAGAAAUUGACGGUACUCCUUUAAGAUUGGACCCUGAGGAUACCCCGUUUGAUAUAGGUGGUAGUGGUGACGGGCCUCAGUUUAAGAUUCCUUUGCCACCUACAAGAGAUUUGAAGGCUCAUUCUUUGUCUAGGGACGCUGCUCGUAAGAUUAGGGAGAGGUCGAAGAUGAAUCAGAAGCCACCACUACAUUCACCACUUAGAGGGGGAAGUGCUAGUCCAGGUGCACGAACUCUGUCUCCUGCUGCUCAGAAGUUUUUCAGAAGUGCCAUUGCCAAGUCCUCCCACUCUGUUGAUGAAUCUCUUCGUGCUAGUUAUCGUGGUGCAAGCCCUGGGGUUGCUACCCCUAAAGUUGGAAGGAGUAUGUCAAGGCUUGGAAGAAAUGACAGAACAAUUUCCAGGUCACCUUCCAUAAAAGAGGGAUCUAACCCUCCUUGGUAAUGUGUAUUUCUUAAGUUGUUUUUGGGAAGUAAUAGGAUUGGUUUGUAACGUAUGGUAUGUGGUUUAAGGAAUAACAUCCGUAACCAAACCUAAAAAUCUUUUCUGCUUAAAAUGUACUGGCACAGUAAAAGUUGGUGAUAUAAUCUUUGUACUUCGUUGCUGAUUCA